AUGGGGAAAACAGUUUCUAAAUUAUCAAAAGAUGAUUUGAGGCAACUUCGACAGGCCACGUAUUUUGAUAAACGUGAAUUGCAACAAUGGUACAAAGGGUUUCUAAGAGACUGUCCGCUGGGGCAAUUAUCCGAAGAAGAGUUUGUGAAAGUGUACAAGCAAUUUUUCCCAUUUGGCGAUCCAACUGAUUAUUGCCAUUAUUUGUUUAGAGUUUUCGAUUUGGAUAAUUCAAAGUAUAUUGAUUUCAAAGAGUUUAUAAUUGCAUUGAGUAUAACCAGCAGAGGCACAGAGGAGCAGAAAAUCAACUGGAGCUUUAAAAUGUAUGAUUAUAAAAAGGAAGGAAAAAUAGGUUAUAAAGAAAUUUUGCCCAUCGUGAAGGCUACUUAUAAAAUGGUUGGACCGAUGGUGGAGUUGCCAGACGAUCAACAAACUCCCGAGGCUAGGGUAGAUAGAUAUUUCCAGUUAUUGGGCAAGGACAAAAAUACCGACAAAUUGGAUUUGAAUGACUUUAAAAAAUUGGCCCAACUAGAUUCAGGAAUAGCUGCAGCAUUAAACUCCUAUCUGGGUUUGGUAUAG